AUGUCUACUAUGCAAGUGUUGUGCGAUGUCUCAUUCCUGGCCCCGAACUACCUCAGGACUCCCGACGACUGCGACGUUAUCCGACGGAAGAUUCGCAAGUUGCAGCGAACUCAGGGCUUCAGGAUUACAUACUGGCUCCGCAAUAUAGGAGGUAUCAAGUACAACUCAUGGUCCCGAUUCAUGAAAGCUGCGGGACCCAAUGCGGGAGUCGAGAACGGCAUUUAUUAUGCUGCCUACAUAUACUUCGAGAAAGUCAGGAUAGUUGAAGGCAAGAAGAAGACGGCGAGACGCGAAGAGAACGAACUUGCCUACCCCCAGGGCUUUGCUAUCAAGAAUCACAGACAGAGUCGAGACUCGACCCACAAUUAG